AUGGACAGAACAUUGAAGAGAAACUCUUCGCACGAGAAAACUCUCAACAGCAACCCCAGCAGCGGGGGUCUCCCAACCAUCCCCAGUGGGGGCACGCUGUCCUCCAGGACAAACAGUCAGUCGAGCAUCCAGUCCUUCACUGGGAACCCUGGAGGAAGCGCGAAUGACCUGUCCAGGCCUCCUGUCUCCGCGACCCCCAAGGCUAGGCUGUCGCGACCGUCGAGCAGGGAGCAGAUUUUGAACGAGUUCAAGCAAGGGCCUGAUUCGCAGAUGCUGAAGCUGUCAAGCGGCUCAGGAAGAGUUGUGACGAAUGUGGAAUUCCAGGUGACGGCAAACACCGAGGUUGGAGAUCUUGUAGUCGUUACUGGGUCAAGCCUAGAGCUCGGCUCAUGGGAGCCAAGGAACGGAGUUGUGCUAUCGACAGACAAUCACAGAUAUCCGAUGUGGUCAGCGAUUGUGGACUUGCCAACAGGUCAGACCAUCGAGUACAAGUAUUCGAUCAUCAAGCAGGAUGGCACCGUGACUUGGGAGAAUGACAUAGAGAAUCGAAUGAUAACACCGGAGGGAACUUCAGUGGUGCUUGACGACGGCAGAUUCAACUCUGAGCGAGCAAGAUUGUUGAACAAGAAAAAGCAAUCUCUUGAAAAGGGAAAGAAAGAUCUCGGAAAGCAUUUCUUGGAACUUCAGGCGAACCUGGACAAGAGCGACACGAUCUACAUCAUCACAUAUCGCCUGCCUCUCAGCACGCACAGAGACCCAGUCACAGGGAAGUACUCUUUUGAAUGGUUGUCUCAGCUGUCCGACAGCAAGCUGCGAGAGAUGGACAACACAAAGGUCAUGCGAUCCAUGAGCAGGCAUGCGACAUACGUCAUUGAGAACCUUCGCGAUCUUCGGUCUCGUUGCAACGUGUGGUAUGUGGGGGGACUGGGCAUCGAGGUGAGCGAGGAGGAUCAGGAGCAAGUGGAGAAGGAGCUUGCAGAGAAGUUUCAGUGUAUCCCAGUCUUCCUUCCGCGAGACAUGGCAUCAGAGUUCGAAGAUUUCUGCCAUGAUAUCCUGAAGCCUGUCUUCCAUUUCUUCCAUCCGACAAAUCGAGACAUGUGCUGUGCUUUCUCAGCCGGAGCGAAGUGGCAGCUGUACAACGCGGUGAACCUGCGCUACGUCACUCCCGUGGUGCAGAACUUCAACGAUGGAGACAUCGUCUUCGUGUUUGACCUCGAGCUUCUCAUGGCCCCUACGCUCAUUGGCUCUCGAGCUCGCACUGCCAACGUCUGCUUUUUCUUCAACACCCCCUUCCCCUCCUCUGAAAUCUUCCGCACCCUGCCGAUCAGGAAACAGAUCCUCAACUCCCUGCUGAACUCCAACUUCAUCCAGUUCCACGACUACAACUACACUCGACACUUCCUCUCCUGCUGCUCCACCUUGUUGGGUAUCGAGCAUAGACCCACCCGCGGCGGGUUGAUGCUCCUGGUCUUCAACGGACACCACUGCUACAUCCGGGCGUGCCACGUCGGCAUCGAUGCUCCGACUCUGUGCGAGCGGCUCAAGGAACCCCAGGUGUCGCAGGAGCUGGAGAACUGGAAGGCGAAGUUUGCGGAGUCUGGGAAGCAGGUCAUCCUGUGCGGGUACGACGACCUGGAGCCUCUCACGGGCAUCACGCUCAAGCUCUCUGCCUUUCGCAACAUCCUCAACGGGUUCCCUGAGUACCGCAAGAACCUCCUCCUCAUCCAGGUCGCCAUCCCCCUCCACGACUCGAGGGGAGAGCUCAUGCACAAGGAGUACGUCAACCAGGUGCACGCAGCCGCCGAGCUGAUCGAGAAGGAGUACCCGGGGAGCCUCAUGCUGCUCACUGAGAAGAUGCCCUUCGGCCCGAGAUGUGCCCUCUUCGCGCAGUGCGAUGCGCUCGUUAUGGCGUCGGUGCGCCAUGGCCUGAGCCUCGUGCCCUUUGAGUUUGUGCUCUGCAACGAGUACGGGGGGAAGAAGGGCUCGCUGGUGGUCUCAGAGUUCGCCGCGUGCAGCCGCGUCAUCCCCGGGGCCAUGAGAACGAAUCCCUUCCGAGACGAAGACUUCGCCAAGGCCAUCGUCAAGUGCCUUCGGCAGCCCCCGCACGAGCGGCAGCACUACCACCUGCAGCAGGUGGACUGGUGCAAGACUCACACGGUGGAGAGAUGGGCAGAGACGAUCCUGUUGGACAUGAAGAGAGUGCGAGAGAGCAUGAUCCUCAACGGCGAGGACGUGAAACGAGCGGCGAGCUGCCGCGUCGGGCUCGUGAAGAGCACGUACAAGGAGAUCUCGAGCAAUGUGCUGAAGGCGGAUCAGGUGCUGAUGGCAUACUCGGAGGCAAAGACAAGGCUUCUCCUUAUCGACGUCGACUUGCUCAUUCGCCCCAAGGAAGAGAUGGGGGAUGUAUCCAAGGACCAAUGCAUCAGGUCCCUCCAGCAACUAGUCCAGGAAAGUGGAAACCUGGUCUUCCUCCUCUCCUCAGAGACGCCAGAGAAUUUGCUCAAGUGGCUGGGGACGGCACAUGCCAAGGCGUGGGAGCAGAUGGGUCUGGCAGCAGAGGACGGAUACUACUACAAGUGGCCGGGCUCUCCUUUGCAGCGAUGGGAUGUUCGGAUGGAGGUCAGAGCAGACUGGAAGGAGGUCUGCAGGAACGUCAUGGAGGCGUACGCGGAGAGGACGACAGGAACCUUCAUCGAAGGCGACAAAGUCGCCUCCAUCACUUGGCAUUACGGGUCGACCAACCCUGAGUUUGGAGCCCUUCAAGGCAAAGAGCUCCUCAACCAUCUCGAGGACACUAUGGCGCAUCUGCCCGUCGAGGUUGUGAUGGGGAAGUCAUUUGUGCGUGUUCGACACGAGGGAGUGACCAAGGGGGCGAUCACGAAGCAUCUGAUGAGUCACAUCACCGAUAGAGGAGGCGUCGACUUCAUCCUCUGCCUCGGCGAUGACCGCAUGGAUGAAGGUCCCCCCCUCUCCCCCCGUUAA